AACCGAAUUGAUUUUUAUUUGAUCUUACAAAACCAACGUUUUUGGACCAUCCGAUUUAGACCGUCAUCAAACCGAAAGUAAGUAGAAGUCGAACAAUCAAUCAUGAAGUUCUUCAUUGCUUUUUAUCUUUUGACCUUGUCGUUAGCCGCAAUACUAGGAAUCGACUACGGUCAGCAGUUUACAAAAGCAGUAAUGUUGGCCCCAGGUGUCCAAUUUGAGAUCCUUUUGACAGAAGAAGCAAGAAGAAAAGAUCUUUCAAGCAUUAGCAUUCGUCCCGAGAAGAAUGGUGAAAUCGAAAGGGUGUAUGGGUCUGCCGCUCAAUCUUUAUGCACUAGAUUCCCCCAUCAUUGUAUUGGAGGAAUCAAGUCAUUAUUGGGUAAAUCAUUCCAAGAUAGGGACUUGAGCGACUAUUUAUCAACUCAUUUUGGAUUAAAAGCCAUUGAAGAUGAAGAUAGAACAAAUGCCAUUAAGUUUGAUCUCGGUUUCGCUAAUCAGUCGUUUGCGUUCUCGGUUGAGGAAGUGUUAGCUAUGACUUUGAAAGAACUCAAAAAUAGAGCCCUCAAGAAUUUGGACGAAAACCCAGUUGCAAAAGCCAUUGUGGACGACGUUGCUAUCUCAGUUCCUCCAUAUAUUACCCAGGAACAAAGACAAGCUUAUAUUGAUGCUUUAGAAAUCGCUGGUUAUAAGAACAUCUUGGGAUUAGUGGACGAAGGAACUGCUGUGGCAAUCAACUAUGCUUCCAAUCAAAAAUACGAACAGAAGGAUUAUGACAACAAGAAAAAGUUCCACAUGAUCUAUGACAUGGGUGCUGGUUCCACCAAGGCAACCCUUUUUUCUAUUACUCCAUUUUCUAACUUGACUACCAAGUUAGAAUUAGAAAACAUAGGGUUUGAUGUUGCUUUUGGUGGUCAAGCUUUAACUCAAAGUAUUUAUAAUAUCUUAAUUGAAAAGUUGACUUCUUCCUUUGGUCUCGAUGAGGACUUUGAGUUACCUCCAAGAGCGGCUGCUCGUUUAUUAGAGGGUGCAGAGAAGGCAAAGAUUAUUUUAUCUGCAAACAGUGAUUAUCACUUGAGUCUUGAAUCCAUCCUUGACGAAAAGGACUUCAAAGCAGUCAUUACUAGAGAAGAGUUUGAAGAAAUCAACAUAGACAACAUGGUUAGAAUCACAAAGCCUAUAAUGGAUGCUUUGCAUGGAACUGGCGUUUCAAUUAAUGAAUUGCAAUCUGUUAUUUUAACUGGUGGAUCUUCGAGAAUUCCAUUUGUUCAAAAGCACUUGGCAACCUUGUUAGGCGAGCAAAGAAUUGCAAAGACAGUAAACGCCGAUGAAAGUUGUGCUUUGGGUACUACUAUUAAAGCCUUCCGAGAAAAGACUCUGUUCAGCUUCAACAAAGACUUUGUUGUUGAAGACAAGACCUAUCACAAUUAUGAAGUCAGUGUUAAUGGAGAGGAGUUCAGUGUUUUUGAAAAGGGAACCCCUGCAGACUCUACAAAGAGAAUUAAUCUUGGUGAACUCAUAGAUGAUCUUUCAAUCGAACUAUUCGAGGAUGGAAGGUACUUCAAGGGAUACACGGUGGAAAAUGUCUUGGACAAAACUUCUUCCCUUACAUGUAAUGAUGACAAGGCUUACAAAAAGCAGAUAUUUGCAACCUUUACCUUGGAUUCAAACAAAAUUUUUAGCUUCACGAAGUUGGAAGUUGAAUGUAUUAAAGAAGGCAAGGACGGAUUCUUUAAGAAGUUCUUGAACAAAGAGGAACCUGUUGAUUUCGAAGAGGAAGCUCCUGAAGCCGAAGAAAACGAAUCCACCAAUUCCACUGCUUCUGUAAAUGCCACUGAUUCAUCUUCAAGGAAAUCCAGAAAGGUUUUGAGACCCGUUUCUAUAAGUAUUCCAAGGCCCCAAUACCCUUCUUUGAAGCCAAUGUCCAGACCUUUAAAACAAAGAGUCACUUCUAAGUUCAAGUACUUGGAUUCACGAGAUGAGUACAAGAUUGCCUUAGAUAACACCAAGAAUAGAUUGGAGGCAGCAUGUUAUCAAUUACGUAACCUCAUAGAUGAGCACGAAGAAAGAAUCAGUGAUGAGUUGUCGGUUGACAACUUCAGAGAGCUCGUUAGUGAGACUAUUGAAUGGCUCGAAUUCGACAGUGACGAUUCUCCGCUUUCUGAGUUUGAGGACAAGAUCAGACAAAUUCAGAUAAGACAUGAUGAAAUUCACGCCAUUACGAAGAUGUCCACUACCGAUCUCUCUUUGGAAGGGAUGACCAAACUCUAUGAAGAAGGGUCAUCGAUCAUGAUGAAGAUCCAGAGCAAGAUGUUGGAAUUUGGCAGCUCCAUUAGCGAGAUCAGACAAAAAUACGAUAAAGAAGGAUUGGAUUUUGACAAGGAAAAUGACCGUAUUAAGCUCCAAUUAUUGAGCAAAGGUGAAGAUAAGAUGAUGAGAUUGGACAGAUCUUUGGGAAAAUAUAAAGAUUUGCUAACUCAAUUAGGAGAAACUGUUCAACUAAAUGAGAAGUACUUCAACAAGAUUGCAAAGAGAGAGCUUUUUGAUACAUAUGAAGCCAUGACUGAAUCCAUUGUCCAAAUGCUUGCUGAUUUGGUUAUGCUUGAUGAAUCACAUCAAGAGAGAAUGCAAUUGUUCAACACCAAAUUUGAAAAGUUGGUGGAAAGAAAGAAGCAAAAGGAAUUUAGAGAAAAGUUGAAACAGGAGAAGGCCAAUGCUGACGGCGAGAAACAAGGUGAGGUUCCUAUUCAGGAAGAUGAAGAUGUUGAACAUGAACAGACUGAACAGACUGAACAGACUGAACAGGAAACCCAACAACAGGAUAAUAAUGCCGAGAAUAGCUUUGAGCCUGUAGAUGAAGAAAUUGUACACGACGAGUUGUAAUAUCACCUCAAAUCACUUUUUAUAGAUAAUUAUCAUUUACAUAAGAGAACGAUUAACAUCUCAAGAUUAUAUUUUUUGCAGUAAAGAAA